AACCGGCGACAGUGGUCUCAGGGCCGCUCCGGGGGGCCUCAAGAACCGGAGGCAGCCCCGGAGGCUCCCGCGGGCGGACACGCCAGAGGAGGAGGCCGGGGAAUGGCCGCGGUGUGGCAGCAAGUCUUAGCAGUGGACGCGAGGUGAGGCGUGGGGUCGCAGCCCACGGGAGCAGAACUUACUGUGGUGCAUGCGCAAUGGCGAUAAGUGAGGCUGGGCGGAGAACUUGCCUUAAUGCGGGUGCGUGGGCAUGCCGGAGGUACAACGCGUACCGCACACCAACGUUUCCACAGUUUCGGACGCAGUAUAUCCGCCGGCGCAGCCAGCUGCUGCGGGAGAAUGCCAAGGCUGGGCACCCCCCAGCACUGCGUCGGCAGUACCUAAGGCUUCGGGGGCAGCUGCUGGGCCAGCGCUACGGACCCCUCUCCGAGCCAGGCAGUGCUCGUGCCUAUAGCAACAGCAUCGUCCGCAGUAGCCGCACUACCCUGGACCGCAUGGAGGACUUUGAGGAUGAUCCUCGGGCCCUGGGGGCCCGUGGGCACCGUCGUUCUGUCAGCCGAGGCUCCUACCAGCUGCAGGCACAGAUGAACCGUGCUGUCUAUGAGGACAGGCCCCCUGGCAGCGUGGUGCCCACGUCAGCGGCAGAGGCAAGUCGGGCCAUGGCCGGGGACACAUCACUGAGCGAGAACUAUGCCUUUGCGGGCAUGUACCAUGUUUUUGACCAGCACGUGGAUGAGGCAGUCCCAAGGGUGCGCUUCGCGAAUGAUGACCGGCACCGCCUGGCCUGCUGCUCACUCGACGGCAGCAUCUCCCUGUGCCAGCUGGUGCCCGCCCCACCCACAGUGCUUCGUGUGCUACGGGGCCACACCCGUGGUGUCUCUGACUUCGCCUGGUCCCUCUCCAAUGACAUCCUCGUGUCCACCUCACUGGAUGCCACCAUGCGCAUCUGGGCCUCUGAGGAUGGCCGCUGCAUCCGGGAGAUCCCUGACCCUGAUGGCGCUGAACUGCUCUGCUGCACCUUCCAGCCCGUCAACAACAACCUCACCGUGGUGGGGAACGCCAAGCACAACGUGCAUGUCAUGAACAUCUCCACGGGCAAGAAAGUGAAGGGGGGCUCCAGCAAGCUGACGGGCCGUGUCCUUGCUCUGUCCUUUGAUGCCCCUGGCCGGCUGCUCUGGGCGGGUGAUGACCGUGGCAGUGUCUUCUCUUUCCUCUUCGACAUGGCCACGGGGAAGCUGACCAAAGCCAAGCGUCUGGUGGUGCAUGAGGGGAGCCCUGUGACCAGCAUCUCAGCCCGGUCCUGGGUCAGCCGCGAGGCCCGGGAUCCCUCACUGCUCAUCAAUGCUUGCCUCAACAAGCUGCUGCUCUACAGGGUGGUAGACAACGAGGGGACCCUGCAGCUGAAGAGAAGCUUCCCCAUCGAGCAGAGCUCACAUCCUGUGCGCAGCAUCUUCUGUCCCCUCAUGUCCUUCCGCCAGGGGGCCUGCGUGGUGACGGGCAGUGAGGACAUGUGCGUGCACUUCUUUGAUGUGGAGCGGGCGGCCAAGGCUGCCGUCAACAAGCUGCAGGGCCACAGUGCACCUGUGCUUGAUGUCAGCUUCAACUGCGACGAGAGCCUACUGGCCUCCAGUGACGCCAGCGGCAUGGUCAUCGUCUGGAGGCGGGAGCAGAAGUAGGGUCCUGUCAGCCCUGCUGCUGUCCUCCAUCCCACCCCUCUUACUCCAGCCUCGUGUUGUAAAUAAAGUUUCGGUGGUCGUGCUCAGGGCCAGCUCCCAACUCUGCCGGGGACGGGCAGGGCAGCGGGCAGCUCCAGGAACACAGUGGAA